UUACGAAUGUUUACUCUCUUUCUACUCGCAUUCAACCUUCAAUCCUCUCUCUCUCUAAUUACUCUUCACACUUCCACACAAACACAAACCAACCGCCAUCCCUCUCUCUCUCUCACACACACAGCAUCAACCCACAUUCAACUCCUCUCUCUCUCUCUCUCUCGUCUCCGCAUCAAACUGCUGUACCACUUUCCCCUUAAAGCUCUAAUUUUUGGGUGAAAUUUCGCAAUUCUUCCUUUCUCACCAUAUUUUCAACUCUCAUUUAAUCAUUUCUGGCAUCAAAUUAAAGCUCCGCUUGCAGCUUUUUUACAAAUCCAUGUAGACAAUCGGUCAAUAAAGCAAAUCAUGUUAUGCGAAAUCAUUUCAUCUCCGCCCAGGCCCCACGCCAAACCUUCUCUCUCUCUCUAGAAAUUGAGGAUUUCCUUUGAUGAUUCUGCGAUGAAGAAUUUCCAGUGGCUGAAGCAGAUAGCGAACACGCACAGCAAGCUGGAGAGGAGGCUGUCGCUGGGGGAGUACAAGCGCGCGAUUUCAUGGUCGAAAUACCUGAUUUCGUCGGGAGCGGAGAUCAAGGGCGGCGGUGAGGAGGAGUGGAGCGCUGACAUGUCGCAGCUCUUCAUCGGCAACAAAUUCGCCUCCGGGAGGCACAGCAGGAUCUACAGAGGCGUCUACAAGCAGCGAGACGUCGCGAUUAAGCUCAUCAGCCAGCCUCAGGAAGAUGGGGAUUUGGCUGCAUUUUUGGAGAAACAGUUCACUUCUGAAGUUGCUCUCUUGUUCAGGCUCAGGCACCCCAACAUCAUCUCUUUCAUUGCAGCAUGUAAGAAACCCCCAGUAUUUUGUAUUAUCACAGAGUACUAUCCCGGUGGCUCCCUUAGAAAGUACCUCCACCAGCAAGGGCCGCAUUCGCUCCCCCACGACCUCGUGCUGAGGCUGGCGCUUGACAUUGCGCACGGCAUGCAGUAUCUUCAUGCUCGGGGGAUUCUUCAUCGGGAUCUUAAAUCCGAGAACCUUCUGCUCGAUGAGGAUAUGUGUGUCAAGGUAGCGGAUUUUGGCAUCUCAUGUUUGGAGACACAGUGUGGCAGUGCCAAGGGAUUCACGGGCACCUAUCGCUGGAUGGCCCCGGAAAUGAUCAAGGAGAAACACCACACGAAGAAAGUCGAUGUUUACAGUUUUGGCAUUGUCAUGUGGGAGCUGCUAACUGCGUUGAUACCUUUUGACGACAUGACUCCAGAACAAGCAGCGUUUGCAGUAUGCCAGAAGAAUGCAAGGCCGCCGCUGCCUUCUACGUGCCCUGCAGCAUUUAGCCGUCUCAUCCGGCGUUGCUGGUCGAGCAAUCCAGACAAGCGGCCGCAUUUUGAUGAGAUCGUAAGCAUACUCGAGGGCUACUCGGAAUCUCUAGGGCGAGACCCGGAAUUCUUUUCCUCGUAUGAGCCGUCAGAGGGAUAUGCUCUUGCAAGGUGCAUACCGAAGUGUAUUGCAGCUCGUCGAUCCCCGCCGGUCGGGACAUGAGGACCUGUCCGAUCAGGUGUGAUGGAUGCUAAAUGCAUUGUAGUAGUUUUCAUCAAUGUUAGGAAUGAGUUUGAUUUGUGAUUUAAGGUGCAAUUGAUUCCUUCUACAACCAUUUAGUUUUUCCUUUCUUCUAUGGAAUGUUGUGGAGUUGAGAUAGUUCUCUUUGAUUACUCUCCAAAAUGGGGAUGAUAAUUCUAAAGAGAAAAUUCUGUUAGAAAAAAGUGUAGUAUCAUGGAAAAUUUAAUUUAAUAUUUUAACUUUUUAGCAAA